CGUCUGAGAAAAGGGCAGAAAAGGGUUUCUGCCGUGAGCAGGCAUCAUUACUUUCUCGGCUUGGGAGGGAUCAGGUUACAGCAUUUCAUUUGGAGAGAAACCUCCUCCGACAUCAUUCUCUCCGAGGGUCUCUGCUAAAUCUGGGUGUUUUGCCUCUCUGGGGCCUUGCCUUAGCCUGGCAUUCUCUCCAAAGACCUCUUAGUCCAUCAUCCCGGGCCAAGAGCAGCUUGGGCUUAUGGUGGAUACAUAGCUGGGCAGAGAGAGAGAAAGCCUGCCUUUUAUAGUCGCUGAUGAGCCCUCCAUGCAUUCCUAACUCUAAACCCUCCUCUAAUUCUGAACAGAGCAACAGCUUUCCUCCCUCCCUCCCUCCCUCUUUCCCUCCCAAGCCGUUUCCUGCAAGGAAAAUAGCAGUCGGGGUUGCUGAGUGUGCCGCGACCACUGCUGCCUUUCACGGACACCGGCAUGAACAUGAAAGCGGUGGUUGUCCUCCUGGUAUUGGCUCUGGCUACCAUUUUUGCUUUAGUUUGUGUCUUGAUGACCAGAAAGGAAAAAGUCGUUAGGUGUGGUGUCUCAGGGCUCCAGAAUUCUCCCGAAGGCACCAGCAGAGAUCCGAGCGAGAUCUUUGCUGACCUGUCACCCGCCGAGAUGGCCCAAGUGGUGAAAUACCUCAAGGAGAAUCUUGGCGUACACCUCGAAGAUGCGUCUCGGGCAAAGCCCUCCGAUAACUGCAUUUACUACCUGGAUACGCACUUCCCCCCUAAAGAAGUGGCUCUGGGCUUCCUGGACCAUGGAAGGGCUCAGCCCCAACGGGAGGCCUUGGCUGUGGUGUACUUUGGGAACCAGCCAGAUCCAAAUGUCACCGAGUUCGUAGUAGGCCCUCUUCCGAACCCAGCGAGCCACCGUGACAUCACGCUGAAGAAAUUUGGCAGGAAGGUGCCGUAUCACAGCAGGCCGGUGACCCAGAAGGAGUACAAAGAUAUUGACACCUUCAUUUUCCGUGAGCUCUUGGGGGCCUUCAACUUCCUUAGAGAAUGUUGUGAGUAUAAUGGGACUAACUUGGCUACUCUGACCACAGCCCCCCGAGGCUUUGAAUCUGGCGACCGAGCCACCUGGUUUGUCCUGUUCCACAAUGUCAUUGGGAGUGGGUACUACAUCCACCCCGUUGGCUUGGAGGUGUUGGUGGACCACCGGAGUCUGAACAUCUCCGAGUGGAAGGUGAAGAAAGUGUUCUACAACGGCCAGUAUUAUGAGAACAUGGCCCACCUGGAGAAGGAGUUUAUAGAUGGGCGUGUGAAGGAGGUCAGAGUGAAGCCAGGCCACCUGAAGAACGAUUUUGUUUCAAGGAAGCCUUCAGAAUCUUCUCCUCAUCCAGGCCCUUUGCAAUUUGAGCCCCUCGGGAUGCGCUACACCGUAGCUGGCAGCCAUGUUGUCUACCAGUCUUGGAGUUUUGCCUUUGGGAUGAACGUGAACACAGGGCCACGCCUCUUCAACAUCAGAUUUGGCGAGGAAAGGAUUGUCUAUGAGUUGAGUCUGCAGGAAGCUCUUGCAACUUAUGGCUCCAACUGCCCCGGGGGAAUGGUGUCUAGGUACAUGGACGGAAGCCUUGGCAUUGGGAAGUUUUCUUACGAAUUGGUUCGGGGAGUGGACUGCCCCUAUACGGCCACCUACGUGGACCGCCACUAUUUGAUAGACUCUGACGCCCUGAAACUGAACAAGAACUCUUUCUGCAUCUUUGAGCAUGACAUGGGCGUGCCUCUCCGGCGACAUUUUUCUGACAUGGGCUCCUUCUAUUACGGGGGGUUGAACAAAUACGCUCUGGUCUUGAGGGCCGUUUCCACUCUCAUCAACUACGACUACGUCUGGGAUUUUGUGUUCUACCAAAAUGGUGCUAUAGAAGUCAAGGUCCAUGCCACAGGAUACAUCAGCACUUCGUUCCUCGUGGAAGGUGGCACUGCUUAUGGAAACAGGGUCGGGGAGCACACCCUUGGAACCAUGCACAACCAUCUAAUGAACUACAAAGUCGACUUGGAUGUUGGAGGGACCAAGAACUCCCUGGUGGCCCUCGAUAUGGCGUUUGAGUCCGUGGAGGCCCCUUGGAGCCCAGAGCACCAGAUCCAACGGCCCGUUCUCACAACCCAAACCCUGGACAAGGAGGAAGAUGCUGCCUUUCCGCUGGACGGCAAAGUCCCCCGGUACCUGCACUUUGCCACCAGCCGGGAGAACCAGUGGAACCAUCAGCGAAGCUACCGCAUCCAGAUCACCAGCUUUGCUGGAGAACACAUGCCUGAAACUAGCACCAUGGAGAGGUCCAUUAGCUGGGGCAGGUAUAAGGUGGCUGUAACCAAGCGGAAAGAGGAGGAGCUGACCAGCACAUGCAUUUAUAAUCAGAAUGAUCCUUGGGAUCCACUGGUGGUCUUUGCUGAUUUCAUAGACAACGAGACCAUCGUCAACGAGGACCUCGUGGCUUGGAUCUCCACUGGCUUCCUUCAUGUGCCACACGCUGAGGACAUCCCCAACACCGUGACGGUCGGCAACGGGGUGGGCUUUAUCCUUCGGCCUUACAACUUCUUCAACGAUGAUCCGUCCAUCAAGUCCCCGGACGGCGUCUACUUUACAUUGGACCAAGAUGCUAGCAAAUGCGACGUCAACCCAGCCGCUUGCUUGCAGGAAACAGCUUCAUGUUCCCCCAACCUACCUCCGUUCACCUUCAGCGGCUUCUUCCAGAACUUUACAAGUCGUUGACAAGAAGAAGGACUCCGCAUUCCCCACCCCACCCCAUCUCAGUUUGCCCAAAUAUGCCUGUUUCAGCUGAAUAGCGACACUGUGGAGCCCAGGCAACGUCUGACUUGAAUACUGCCUGCUCUCCGUAUUCCUUCUGUCUACUCCUUCACUUGUUGCUGCCUUGACAGUGUUAUUAGUUUGGUGUUGAGGGGGGGGGGGUAUUUUCCCUCUUAGGCCACGGGUGGAGAACCUGGUUUCCUCCAGAUGCUGCUAGACUACCACUCCCAUCAUCCACACGCACAGUGGCUGAUGGGAGUCGGAGUCCAGCAACGUGGCAGCAGCCGCUAGAUCAGCUGAGAGAAGAGAUCUAGUGAUCCAGGAUCACUCUGUUGGCACAGGUGUGGUGCUUCCUGUUCUUGAUCUAUUUUUUUUACCCCUGCUGGUUGCUUGACGAACUUGUAACUUGAGUUUGCUUAUUUCCUCCUCCCUCCCAAUCAGUUUUCCUCUUGUGUCGUGCCAUUUUAGAUUGUAAGCCCAAGGGCUGGCCCAAGACAUUUUGGCACCCCAAAAUGGCCCUCUCCCUGCCAGGGAAUAAGAGGGUCAGGGAAGAUCUACAUCAGGGAUAAGGGGAAGGGAGAAAGAUUGACAUCGGGAUCUGCCGUUGCGGGUGGACCUUGGGGCAGGAAUCGACUCCCUCUUUUUUUGUAGUGAUUUGCAAUAUGCUUUGGGAGCCAUAUUUGGUUUAAGAAUGGGAUUUUUAAAAAAUCUUUAAAUCUGGGGUGGCUAACAUUUUUCUGACCCAAGGGGUACAUUCACCCUUGACCAGUCCUUUACACUGGGUACAUGCCAGUGGCAGGUGUGGUCAGAAUUGGGGGUGGCCCCCCCAUAGUCUCUCACACUUCCAUGUAAAUACAGAGGACACAAACAUACAGAUACUGGCCUCAUGCUUCUCACCUGACUCACUUUGGUGAAUGAAUGAAUGAAUGAAAUUUAUUACGGUCAGAGACCAGCUUGUGAAACAAUAUUGGAACUACAAUCCCAACAGCAAAACAAACAUUUAAAACAAUAGACAACAAUGGAUUUUAAAUUUAAAAAUGCGGUAGGCAUAUAAACACAUAAAAAACUUUAAGAUAGACUUCCAUAGAGAAAUGACCCAGAGUCGCCCUUGGAUCCGAGUUUGGGAAUUGUCUUAACAAACUAGAUUGAAACGGGGGGGGGGGGGGUCCUGCGCCUACAGAUCUGUGCACAGAAUCUGGCGACCAUCUGGGUCGUCUUGUGAUCUUUGCCUAACAGAAGAAGAUAGAAUUUUUGCUUUACCGGGAGGUCAGUAAGCCUCACCAGCAGGAGGUCAAUGGUUUCUCUGCAUGCCUCGUCCGAAAAGGGGCAUCUAAAAAAUAUGUGUUCCUAUAUCCUCCAAUUCCUAUAUCCUCCAAUGAACAGGCACUCACUUUGGUGAAUGGGAGUUAGUGUCCUUUUCCAUUCAUCCAGUGAUUGACCUAAUGACUGAGAUGAGGGUGAUCUGCAUCCUCAUCAGACAGUGAUGGAGAAAAAAUGCACUGAAAAGUGAAUCAAGGUGCAAUUUUCAAGACAAUAUUCCAACUGAAACACAGUUAUCUUUCAAAAUUCAAACUUCCCUGAAUUUUGUGAAGCAGUUUGCCAAGGAGACAAUGUUUGUUUGUUUUUAAAAAAAUGCAUGUAUUAGAGCAGGCACGUCCAACAGGUAGAUCGUGAUCUACCGGUAGAUCACUGGGCAUCUGUGGUAGAUCACUGGUAGAUCAGUGGCUCCCCCCAAAGAAGCUGAACAACUUUGGCUCGGCUCCCCUAAAAAAAGCUCAACAUUUUGGCCCUUCACCCCCUAAAAAUGGGCCUUCCCUUCUCCCUAUAAGAAGCUCAACAAGUUUGACCUGAACCCAUAACAGGGCUUUCCUUCCUAAAAAAAAAAGCUCAAAAACUUUGACCUGAACACCCAAGUAAUGGGCUUCCCUCUUCCCUAAAAAAAGCUCAACAACUUUGACCUGAACCCCCCAAAAGGGGGUAGAUCAUUGCUAGUCUUUAACUCUGUGAGUAGACUGCAGUCUCUUGGGAGUUGGCCACCCCUGUAUUAAUACUACUACUACUACUACUAAUAAUAAUAAUAAUAAUAAUAAUAAAUUUUUAUUUAUACCCCGCCCUCCCCAGUCAAAACCGGGCUCAGGGCGGCUCACACCAAUAAAAUUACAAUAAAACAUAAAAAGCAAUUAAUUAAAAUACAGAUUAAAAUACAGUAUUAAAAUUUAAAUUGCAGCCUGAUUUUAAGUAGUCCAUAAAUCCAAGCCAUGAGGGAGGAAAACACAGGGGUCAGACUAAGUCCAACCCAAAGGCCAGGCGGAACAGCUCUGUCUUGCAGGCCCUGCGGAAAGAUGACAAAUCCUGCAGGGCCCUGGUCUCCUGUGAAAGAGUGUUCCACCAAGUUGGGGCCAAUACUGAAAAGGCCCUGGCCACCUUAUGGCUCGGGAUCUCCAGAGUAUCGUUGUUUGUGGACCUUAAGGUCCUCCGCGGGGCAUACCAGGAGAGGCGGUCCCAUAGGUACGAGGGUCCCAAGCCGCAUAGGGCUUUAAAGGUCAAAACCAGCACCUUAAACCUGAUCCUGUACUCCACCGGGAGCCAGUGCAGCUGGUAAAGAACUGGAUGAAUGUGAUCCCACGGCCGGGACCCCGUAAGGAGCCUCGCUGCGGCAUUCUGCACCCGCUGGAGUUUCUGGGUCAGCUUCAAGGAAGCUCACCCCUUAUUAGGGGAAAUGGCUCGCAAAAAUGUGUGCAUUACUCAAAACUGAGCUUAUUAGGAGAAAUUUGCACUGAAACGCUGAUGUUUUGCAAACUGCUUUGAAAGCUGAAGUUAAAGUUAGAAAAGAGUAGAAAUGGAGGCAAUCCCAGAAUUGACUAAUCCUUCCGUCCCUACAUCAGACCACACUGCCCCCCUCCCAACCCAACGAUAUGCAUACCAUGUCUACAGUAGUUUCAUUUGCUUUUUGCCACUACUGCCAAAAUUGAUGGCGUCCAGGGGGAGCAGAAAAAUUGGUUUGUGGGCUCUAUCAGCCCCUGAAUUUGGGGGGGGGGGGGUCAGGGGUUUCUCCAACCCUCUCUUAGGCUGACUGAGUGGAGAAUUUCUGGGUUUACCCGAUGGUCAAUCAGAUGCUUCACACAACCGUUUUUCAUGUGAUGGCUUAUAUAGGAAAGCAACUAUGUGCUGGUUUUCUUAGGGUGUAGAGCAGUCGUGUCACCUCCCCUAGAGACAGAGGAAGCAGACACCAUCACACACGAACUCAGAAUGGAAACAGAGAUAAUAAUCUGGCCACAGAAUGCCUUGCUGUUAUGACUCCUCCACUUGCCACAGGAAUUUCUGCAGCAUCUGCCGCCCUGGGACAUGCCUGUCAAUUUCCCUUUGCUGUGAGCAGAUGGUUCGCGGCUUGUUUUGGCGUUAAGUGAAAUAAAUGGUUUUGUGUGUUUUCAGUA